CCUCCAUCAGGAUGAUGUCACCAAAGGGGGCGGAGCCAGCUGCUGUGUAACAAACAGGAAAAACAUCAAAUCGACCGGUUCGGUUCGAGUCCAGUUAAAGUGGGUCAGAAACCCGGACAGCCGAACUCUGUGACCCGGAUUUCUGCCACACCAGAACCAUGUCUUCUGGAUCCAGAACCACGAACACGGAAGCGUGGGGAGGCUUCGACGAUAACCUCAUCCAGGGCGGCGGCUCAGCUGUCAUCGACAUGGAGAACAUGGACGACACGUCGGGCUCCAGCUUCGAAGACGUGGGAGAGAUGCACCAGAGGAUGAAGGAGGAGGAGGAGGUCACUGCUGAGGCAGCUGCUGCUGACGAUGAAGGUCCAGAGGACGGAGAGUUCCUGGGGAUGAAGGGAAUAAAGGGUCAGCUGGGUCGACAGGUGGCUGACGAGGUGUGGCAGGCAGGGAAAAGACAGGCCUCCAAAGCCUUUAACCUGUACGCCAACAUCGACAUCCUCAGACCUUACUUUGAUGUGGAGCCGGCACAGGUGCGCAGCAGACUGAUAGAGUCCAUGAUACCUGUACGCAUGAUCACCUUCCCUCAGGUUGCAGUUCUGCUGUCUCGGACCGUGGGUCAGACUCCUCGUCUGCUGCUCUGUGGGAUGCUGGCGCUGCUACACAUGAGCUUCCUGCUCUACCUGCACUUCAGCUACCAUCAGAUCCUGGAAGGGCUCCUGGAUUCUCUGGAGGGACCGAACGUGGCCCCCAUGCAGCGGGUGGUCCGAGACGUGCCGGGACUGACAAUCAACACUACCAUGAGAAACCUGGGGGUCCUCCAGGUGACCCAGUGAGGGCGGGGUUAAUUCAAGGUGGAGCCAGCAGAGGGUGGGUGUGGUUCAUUAGUGGGAGGGGCCAAAAAGUAAUGUAGAGAAACACUGGAGGGACCACUGAAGGUGCUAGGCCAGAUUCUUAUCAGCCGUCUCAUGAAGUGUCACAUCAGAGCUUAGUUCAUCAUAAAUCAUCCUAAAUCACCAUAAAUCAUCACAAAUUAUUAUAAAUCACCAUAAAUCAUUAUAAAUAAUCACAAAUCAUUAUAAAUAAUCAUAAAUCA